AUGGAUUUGCAUCUCGAUCACGACGAUGUUCUGGUGAACUCUCCUCAGGCCAAGGCUCCGCCCAGCCAAGACGGCCAAUCGAAUACCCAUGCGACUCUGAUAGCAUCUGAUCAUCAGGAUUCUGUUGCCAAGAGCGGCAAAUCAAAAGUCCCCCUAAGUAACAAUCAAUCAGGAGGAGAAAAUGCCAAGCACGACACAUCGCAAAUUCCCGCACGGAGCUAA